GUUAAGAACUACGUGUUUGCAUUUCCCGGAUGUGUUGUGACGAGAGUGGUGAAGAUGUCUCGCUCGCUGUCGCCCACUCAACAAAAAAUAGCUGAGAAAUUAACCAUACUUAAUGACAGGUGCACUGGAAUACUAACGAGGAUAUACAAUAUCAAGAAGGCAUGUGGGGAUGCCAAAUCCAAACCAGCAUUUCUGUCUGACAAAAGUUUGGAAUCAUGCAUCAAACAUAUCAUCAGGAAGUUUCCCAACAUAGACAGCAAAUCACUUCAAGCACUGACCAACGUACGAACAGAUAUCAUGAAGUCACUGUCCCUUUAUUACUACACCUUUGUAGACCUCCUGGAUCUGAAGGACCACAUUUCAGAGCUCCUUACAUUAAUGGAUGCUCUUGGAAUGUCAGAAUCAUUGGACAUUAAUGUAAGUUUUGAGUUAACCAAAGGUUACCUUGACCUGGUAACCAACUAUGUGACAUUAAUGAUCCUGCUGUCUCGUGUGGAAGAUCGCAAGGCUGUGCUGGGUCUUUUUAAUGCUGCCCAUGAAAUGGUCAACAAUCAAGGGGAUCCGAGCUUUCCACGUCUUGGCCAAAUGAUCAUGGAUUAUGAAACACCUCUAAAAAAGCUGAAUGAGGAGUUCAGCCCACAUGCUAAGCUGCUGUCUGUGGCUCUAAGCUCACUGUGGAUCUUGUAUGGUCGCAGGAAUUUGCGCGCUGAUCAGUGGAGAGCGGCACAAAUGCUGAGUUUAGUGAGCACAUCAAGUCAGCUGCUCAACCCAGCACAGACUGAUGUGAUGCCAUGUGAGUACCUGUCACUGGAUACCAUGGAGCGCUGGAUCAUCCUUGGCUACAUGCUGAUACCUCAGACCCUUCAAAGAUCCCAAGCUCUGGAGUGCUGGACACAGGCACUCCAGACUGGCUGGGUUAUUACUCUGUUCAGAGAUGAAGUACUACAUCCACAUUCUUAUGUCCAGUCAUUCCUGGAGACUAAGAAGGAACUAAGUAAAAGGAUAUCAGAUGUGAAAGAAAGCUAUUCCCAAGCUGUUACACAUGCGCCGCUGAUGCACCGUGAACGGCGCAAGUAUCUCCGCACCGCCAUGAAGGAGCUGGCCCUGAUCCUUACUGACCAGCCAGGAUUGCUGGGACCCAAGGCCCUUUUUGUCUUUAUGGGUCUCAGUUUUUCCAGGGAUGAAGUUUUGUGGCUGCUUCGUCACCAUGAAAACCCACCAUUGCACAAAGUGAAGGGAAAAAAUGCAGAUGACCUUGUUGAUCGUCAGCUGCCUGAGCUGCUUUUUCACAUGGAGGAACUCAGGGCUCUGAUCAAGAAAUACUCUCAGGUAUUACAGCGAUACUACACACAGUACCUGUGUGGCUAUGAUGCCAUUGCUCUCAACCAGUUGAUACAGGAACAACAAGGACUACCAGAGGAGGAAUCAGUCAUUUUGUCUUCAAUGUGCAAUGAAAUUGGAAAUCUGUCUGUUAAACAAGCAGAGGAAGGGACACCCUUUGAUUUCCGUGGCAUCCGGCUUGACUGGUUCAGGCUGCAGGCAUACUCCACUUCCAAUCGACCAGGAUUGAACCUUAAGGACAAACGGGAAUUGGCAGCACUGAUCAAUCAGAUCAUCUUCCACACCAAGGUGGUGGAUUACCUUGAUGAGAUGUUGAUAGAAACUUCGGAUCUUUCCAUUUUUUGUUUCUUCAGUAAGCAGUUUGAGGAGAACUUCCACAUGUGCCUAGAGUUCCCUGGUCAGAACCGUUACAUUAUCUCAUUUCCUUUGAUUUGUUCACACAUGCAAGCCUGCACACAUGAAAUUUGUCCAGAGGAGCGUUAUCACAUUCGAGAACGAAGCUUGUCUGUAGUCAACAUGUUCCUUGAGGAGAUGGCAAAAGAAGCUAAGAAUAUCAUAACAGCAAUAUGUGAUGAACAGUGCAUAUUGUCAGAUAAGCUUCUUCCCAAACACACAGUUCCUCUACUUGAACAAAAAAAGAAAGAAAAAAAGAAGAAAAAAGAAGAUGCCACUCAGGAACGGCCAGGAUAUGAGAGCCACAGAAAGACUAGAGAGGAUCUCACCACGAUGGACAAACUUCACAUGGCAUUAACAGAGUUAUGUUUUGCAAUAAAUUACUGCAGCCAAGUUCAGGUUUGGGAGUACACUUUUGCCCCCCGUGAAUAUCUUUACCAGCACUUAGAACAAAGGUUUUCCCGAGCCUUGGUGGGCAUGGUCAUGUAUAAUCCUGAAACUAAUGAGAUUGCCAAGCCUUCUGAGUUGUUAGCCAGUGUGAAAACAUACAUGAGUGUUUUGCAGACUGUUGAAUAUUAUGUGCACAUAGACAUCACAAGAGUGUUCAACAAUGUGUUGCUACAACAGACUCAGCUUCAGGACAGCUAUGGAGAAAAGACCAUCACUGCUCAUUACAAUUCAUGGUAUUCAGAAAUCCUGCUGCGUCGCGUCAGUGCUGGGCACAUUGUCUUCUCCAAGAACCAGCGUGCCUUUGUCUCCCUGACUACUGAGGGUGCCCAGCCGUUUGCUGCUGAAGAAUUCUCAGACAUAAAUGAACUCAGAGCAUUGGCAGAGUUAAUUGGACCCUAUGGAAUGAAAGCAUUGAAUGAAAAUCUGAUGUGGCAUAUUGCAAACCAAGUGCAGGAAUUAAAGAAACUUGUGGUGGUUAACAAGGAUGUUUUGCUCUCUAUGAGAACUAAUUUUGACAAACCUGACCAGAUGAAGGAAUUGUUCAAGAAACUCCAGCAGGUGGAUAAUGUCUUAACCAGAAUGCAGAUAAUUGGUGUCAUCCUGUGCUUCCGACAGUUGGCUCAAGAAGCACUUACAGAUGUUCUUGAUAACCGGAUCCCAUACCUGAUGUCAUCCAUAGCAGACUUCAAGCAUCAUGUGCCUAAUGGAGACACCAUGAUUGAGAACAUUAAGCUCCAGCUUGUGAACGAAUUGUCAUCAGCUGCUGGACAUCCUUGUGAUGUUGAUCCUGCACUGGUCAAUGUACUGAGAUCACACAAAAAUGAGGUACCAGAUGAAGAAUUUAUCAUCACAUGUUUGUUGAUGGUGUUUGUGGCUGUAUCCAUUCCCAAGUUGGCACGGUAUGAUAACACGGUUUACAAGCCAGCAUAUGCAGCACAUGCCAACAACUCCCACUGCCUGGCUUUGGCUGUCAACACACUAUUUGCUGCUCUCUUCACAUACUGUGGACGUGCCCAGGAUAUUGAAGAAAGGCUGAAGGAAUUUCUAGCACUUGCAUCGUCCAGCCUCCUCCGCUUAGGCCGAGAAAAUGACAAAGAUGUUAUUAAGAAUCGAGAUGCUACCUACAUUUUGCUUCAUCAAAUUGUUGUUGAGUCACCCUUCCUGACAAUGGAUCUUUUAGAGGCUUGCUUCCCAUAUGCACUCAUCCGAAAUGCCUAUCAUACAGUUCAUAAGUCUGAGCACUGAGGCGAGAUUCUUCAGCCCACGGCAACAUGAGCAAUUACAAUCCUCCAUACUUCGGCAGUGAGAGAACAAUGAACUUUAUGCUCACUACAGAUAUUGCUAAGACUUAGUUUUAAAUAUACAUGUGUUUUGAGAAGUGCUUUUCAACAACAAAUGUGAUGUGGUAUGUUUAAGGUUAUUCAGUAAGAUUUUUGUAAUUCUUUUUAUGAAAUAACAUUUAGCAUUCAUCAUUCCAAUUUUUCAGUUUUGGGUGAGUUAUUUAACAGUAUUAUCCAUGGAUUGUUUUAAUUUUGUGGACAUUACACAAAAAUUUUCACAACAGACAUUCAUAUUUUUUACAUUGACUUUAAUAUGACAUUUACCUCUCACUUUCAGUGAGAGGCAAAUGAAGUCAGUCACAUACUACUAGUCUCAACAAUGUGGUCCUAAAUAUGAAAACAUCUAUGCCCAUUAUUUUAUUGUGUUUUCAUAAGGCAUAUUCUUUGCCUGGUGACAUAAAACUAUUUAGUGAAUUUCUUGAGCAAAGGUUUACAUACAUCUAAAAAUAGCAGUUUCUCUCCAAUGAAUAACAAAAAUUGUGUUGUGUUGGUAUGUCACGUCACUGGUAUUGUGACAUUUAUAAUGUGUCUUAUGAAUUCACUGUUCAUCUGUGAUGAUGAAUACAUUUUCUUUUACUGAAAUACCCAUUUCUUAGUGAUAAUGAAAAGAAUAGAGUUUUCAGAUGUAAAAUGUAACUAUCUUCAGUAACUCCAAGCCAGUACAACACCUGCAAGUUAGAGGCUCACAUGCUAUUGUUACUCCCCUGUAAAAUCACCUUGCAGGUUGGACCUCUAUUUUUGCUUUUUUAGGCUAAAUGCCUUAAAAAAUAAAUUAUGCUAUUAAAACAUUAUACUCAUAUAAGUCAUGGAACUGUAUUUCAUGGAAUUAUUCAUCUGUAUGGUUGUGGUCUUAAACAGUAAUAACAAGUGUGCCAAGACAUAAUUUAUGGCCUGGGUAGUCAUGGUAAUGUGUUUGCAGAAUCUGUGAACUAGAUAGCCACUUACUGUGACUGUGUAUGGUGUAAGUGGUCAUAGAGUGUGUUUACCUGGUGCAAUUAUUGGUCAGGUUAAGGAAGGUCUUUGUUGACUCAUCAAAUAUUUGUCUACAUAACAAAAGUUGAAUUAAUAAGAGGUUGGAGGGAAGUUGUUAAAACAAGUUGGGGAUGAAUAAGUCAGGUGAAUCACUUGAAAUGGAGCUUCAUUGAAUUAUCUUUUUCUUCAUGAAUUGAUUUGUGGCACAGUCAUUUGUGUGCCAUUAUCCAACACUUUAAGGGAAAACAAUUCUAGAGCACUUAUACAAAAUUUUUAUAUAGCCAGAAACCUGUAGUGAUUGGUGGUGAUUGUGCAUUCGUAGCUUAAUACAGUGAUUGGUUGUUUGGCGUGUAGUUUUCCACAGCAGUCCACAACAUCCCAUCUAUCUUUAGGUGCAGAUCAUAUUUGAGGUAAACUUUUGUGUCAAAUUCUUUCCUCAGAAUACCAGUGUAAUCUGCAUUAAUACGGAUGUGUGACUGCAAAGCAGUUCCAUUUCAUCUUUCAAAACAAGAAUCAUGUAUUUCUCAGUAUUGUAUGAGGUGGUGUCAAAAAGUUCUGAGACUAAGCCUAUGUACAAGAAGGUACUUGGUUGAAGUUUGGGCACCAUCUCCUUGAGCAGCAACAAAGAGCUCCUGAUAUCACUGCCACUUCUGAAACAUGUUCUGAAAGUCUUGUUCUUUUAAUACAUUUGUUCGUUAAACAUUUUUGGUCCCGUUGUUUUGGUGGAAUGUCUCGUCUCAGCCCAGAACUGAGGACUUUGAGAUUCACACUACCGUUAUUUUCAUUAUUUUCAACCAAACUGACUAGGAUUGUAUGUUUAAAUAGUUAAUAUGAAGUUUUACCAAAGAUUACAAGGGUUUUUGCAUCAUUGAGUGCAUUAUAAUAAUAACUGUGGGCAAAAUAAUAACAUUCAAUAAUCUAUCUUGAAACACCCAAUCAACAUUAUUGGUGAGAAUGUAUCAUGGCAGCCAUAUAUGUAAAUAAUUCCUUUAUACAUAGAAAGGAAAGCUUAAGGAAUCAAAUAUUUGUGAUGAAUUUUAUAUUUCUUGCAGCUGAGAGGUCUUUGUUUUUAAAUUUUGCCAUUCAGUCUUUCUGUCUACUUUGCCAGCCAUAUGGCUGAACCACAAGUAGGUCAGGGCCCAAGGGACAGAUGCAAGUGGUACAAAGCACACUGGGUUUGUUUAUAUUUAGGAAAAUUGACCAUACUUCUGGCUGGGAUUUAUGAUAAUACCUUAUUGCCUUAAAGUAAAAAAAGAAUAAUAUAUACUCAUAAUUACUAAUCUUUAUUGUUGCAUUUUAUGAUUAAAACUUAAACAGUGAUAGUAAAUAAUAACACCUUGUUUGGAGAAAUCAGUCUUUUCCAAGAUGCUGUACACUAUCUCAGUACUGCUUGUAAUAUCAUUUGGAGGUAGAUUAUGACCACAAAAAUUAUUGUAAUUCCAAGAUGCCAAGUAAAACAUAUGAGAAAAAAUUAUCUUCUAAUUCUGCAGUACAUGUGCCUGGCCAUGAUUCCGAGCAUGCUACCAGAUGGCAUUGGCAUUUAGUGAACAAGCAUAUUUGCACUUUUCCUCAUUGUCAAAAUGGCACCUAUCCAGCCUUAAUUUCAUCUUCAGGAAUAGGUAAAAAGUUGCAAGGAAAAUAUGGAUGAUGACCGCAAUCCUCUCACUGGAUCUCAUCCUUAUGCACAAGUCACUGAAAUGUUUCCACAUUUUCAACGUUUGUCAUCUUCCAGUGAUGUUCUGCCUCUCUUGAAGCAUAUGUGUCUCUUGAAACACCUUACAUUACAUUUUUCAUUACUUUAUUGCUGUAUGUCUGGCAAAUCAUGUCAAAAGUUUCUGCUGCAGAUUUGCCAAAAUUUGAUUCAGAAUUUGAUGUUCACUCAUGGUCCAGUUUGCAGUCCAUAAUGAAAUUAUAAAUGAGCCUUUGCACUUGGUACAGAUUGCAAAGCUCAAAGAUAAUGCCAGUCAGCAGACUGCUAGGUGAUUGUUACUGCUUAACCCCACAGCAGGUGCUUCUCCACACUGACAUCUAUUGAUGUGCUAUGGAACUAAUCUCAGAGCUCUUUGAUACUACUUCAUAAUGCUAUAUAUUAAAGGUUCAGCUUAAAUGUAGAGCAGUAAAAAGUUGCCAUAAUGUGCAACUGGUUACCAUAAUGUUUUGUACUGUAUCAUUACUGUUGUAGCAUGUGAUGCUUCUGAAAAAGAUGUACAGUAUUGAAUCCCUAUGUUUGUGUUCUUUCUUCUUACCAGGCCACCAUACCCAACAAAAGGGGAUAGCUGAGACAAGACAUACUCAUGUACAAUCAUAACCACAUACUCACAAGCUCUAAUGCAGAAUUUGAGUGUUAAUUAUCUAAAUGAAGAGAAAAUAUCUAGAAUUGCAAAAAAAGUUAAUGCUGCAUGUACCACUGAGAAAAUAGCAUUUGUAUAGGACUUAUUUUAGGACUUUUGGGGUGCCCCUCCAUUGAACUUCUAAACAAAGCCGCUAAUUCAACAAAUUCUCUCUCCAUUUUUCUGCAUCUUUUACUAUAUAAAGUCUGAACUUGGAUAAAAAAUAGUCAGCCUAAAAUUAAGGCAUGUCAUUUGUGGACUUAUACUGUACAUGUAAUUUAUUUCACAUGAUGAAAACUAAUCUUUAGUACAUAUUGAUUUUUUUUGUAUUGGACUGGGUUUAUGCACAUACUGUAUAUCAGUACAAAAUUUUUUGGAAUAGUUUGUAAUUGUUAAUUAGUAUUGUGUAUGCCUUUCUAAGAUAUGAUUGUGUUGGUUAGUCUAUAAUCAGAGAUCAAAAUAUAAAUGUCAUCUUUUUAAAAGAUCAUAAUUUUAAUAGACUAUAUUUUGUUAGCACCCUUUGUUUUGUGGUCAGUUUUAUUUUACACACUUUGCAUCAUUAAAUUUAUGAAGCAAGCUUAGGCUAUAUGAGACAUCUAGAGCCAAAAGCCAGUUUAUAGUGAAAUAGCACUUGUGAAAUUUCAACCCUUCUACUGGUAUGGUCAUCUUUUCUGUUAACAUUCAGGGCACUGUAAAUAGCAUAAUUUGCAUAUAGACACAGAAAAGAAGAAAAAUAUUUUUUUUGUCUUCUUUAUACUACAGAACUUUUAAGAGACUGUAGCAUUAAAAAAUGCUUAAGAAAUUUAAAGCAGUUAUGGGGAAAUAUUUGUCCAACAAUGAAUGGGUUAAAGCCCCAUAACUUAAAACUACGUUUUUGGUGUAUUUGCCCCUUUGGCUUUAGACAACUUGUGUUCCACCUUGACUUUAUAUUAUAUAGAGUGUACAAGGCUGACCACAUGCCUGUACAGUAUGUGGCAGACUAUGAUGCAUAAGUUUAGAACCAGCACAGCAGGAGUGUCACAGACCAGCUGCACAUUUAGUGCCACUCCUCCAAGAUAGUCAUUGAGAACAGAAAAAAACCUAGGUUAUAAUGGCAGCAUACUACACAUACCUUACUUGCUUAUCUGACCUUAAUUCUUAUUCCCUGAGACUGUCCGCAUGAUGAUAAGCUGUUGUUCCAAGAAAUCUUGUCACUGAGUAACCUUUGUAAAUGUAUUAAUUAUUCAUGAACAGAUUAAUUCAUGGAUUGUAUUCUUUUAGUUUUAAUGUAACAAUAAAUAGCUUUUAUAUUUUCACCCAUUCUAGCAAUUUUGAUAUAAGAAUGUGAAAGGUAUCUUUUUACUUUGAUAUUUUUAAUCAAUUUUGUAUUGAGGAUGUAUCCUCUGUCCGCUGGAGGCCUUGAGGCUGAGGUGUGACUAUGUUUGUGAAUGUGAAUGUACUCAAAUGCAGGGAGACACACGCCUUGUCUCAAAUACCCCCCUUUAAAAGGAGUGUCACCUUGGUAUAGUAUAUAGGAAGAUCCCUAUCAUAUGUCAGGUAUCAAGUUGUUUGUUGUUUAGAAGCAAUGCACAAAGUGCUUUUGUAGUUUUCUUCAGUUGUUUUUGUCUUUUGGGAGCAAUCCUUUUACUUAGGUUGGCUUCUAUUAAUUGCAAUAUCCAAUUAUUAUAGAUGUAUUGUCAUCCUGACCAUCACCAUCAUCAUCAUCUGUAUCAUCAUCACUAUUAUCACUGUAACUAUAAUUUUGACUCAAGAGGCUGGCUCUCUCUCUCUCUCUCUCUCUCUCUCUCUCUCUCUCUCUCUCUCUCUCUCUCUCUCUCUCUCUCUCUCUCUCUCUCUCUCUCUCUCUCUCUCUCUCUCUCUCUCUCUCUCUCUCUCUCUCUCUCUCUCUCUCUCUCUCUCUCUCUCUCUCUCUCUCUCUCUCUCCAACAAAGAUACACAUACAUCUUAUAAGGGUUGUCUUAGGAAGAGUUCAACACACUGUGAGCAGUUCAUUCAGUAAUUAUUACCUUCAAAUGCCAUAUAUUCAUUCAGCUAUUAGGUUCUUGCAUUUCAAUGUCAUUAGUUUUUAGCUAGUUCAUUAACUUAUUUGAAUACACAUCAUGAAUUUAACAAUACACUCUUUACAGCAGAUUAAUUAAUAUAACUUAAAUUUGAAAGCAAUUCAGGCUAUGUGUGUUUUUAUUGCCAUAAGGCUCUUCUGUGGUAAUCCUUAUAUUAGGGACGACUUGUGAAUAUCAGUGUCAUACAAAACAAAUAAAGUGACAUAUUAGA